GUCAAACAUGGCGGAAGUUUCCAGUGGUAGUGGAAAUGUUUUCCAUAAAAGUCGUGCUUCUAGCACAAAACAAAUGACUGUUUUGUAUGAUGCGGAAGGGAAUGAAAUCCAGCCGGAGAGUAGAGAAGAUGAAGAACAAAGUGUUAAGCUGCAGGAGACGAUAGAACUGUUGCUAGCUGCAGGCUACUUUCGUGCACGAAUAAAGGGCUUGUCGCCAUUUGACAAGGUUGUCGGAGGCAUGACUUGGUGUAUCACCACCUGCAAUUUCGAUGUAGAUGUUGACCUGCUCUUUCAGGAAAACUCAACAAUUGGACAGAAAAUAGCUCUUACAGAGAAAAUAGUGUCCGUGCUACCCAGGAUGAAGUGUCCGCACCCUAUAGAACCUCACCAGAUUCAAGGAUUGGACUUCAUUCACAUUUUCCCAGUAGUUCAGUGGCUUGUGAAGCGGGCAAUUGAGACGAGAGAGGAAAUGGGAGACUACAUUCGGUCAUACUCAAUCUCACAGUUCAACAAAAGUCACAAGGCUCCGGAAGAUGUGGAAUUUGAGCAGAGCAAAGAGAAAUCGAUCAGAACAAUUACCACUGCCAAGGAGGCGUAUGCACCACAACGUCGAUACCAACGACACGAUCAGAGUCCUUUAGAGGAUGAAGAAUCCAGGGUACGAUCCACACUGCUGGAGUAUGGCCAGAAACUGGGACUUCCUAGACAAAGAGCAAAGGAGAGCGGUGAGAAGUCGGAUGCGAAGCGGAAGGAUGCUGAGCAUCCCGAGGAUGAUACAGCAGACGAUGAGGCCCAUGCAGAAGAGCAG